CUCCUCUCCUCUCCUGUGCUCUCCUGUCCUCUCCUGUCCUCUCUUCCUGUCCUCUCCUCCUGUUUUCACUGCUCCCUCUCCUGUCCUCUCGUGUCCUCUCUUCCUGUCCUCUCCUCCUGUCCUAGUCUCCUCUCCCCCCUGUCCUCACUGCUCCCUCUCCUGUCCUCUCCUGUCCUCUCCUCCUGUCCUAGUCUCCUCUCCCCCUGUCCUCACUGCUCCCUCUCCUGUCCUCUCGUGUCCUCUCUUCCUGUCCUCUCCUCCUGUCCUAGUCUCCUCUCCCCCUGUCCUCACUGCUCCCUCUCCUGUCCUCUCGUGUCCUCUCUUCCUGUCCUCUCCUCCUGUCCUAGUCUCCUCUCCCCCCUGUCCUCACUGCUCCCUCUCCUGUCCUCCUCCCUGUAGACAGCGGAGGAGCAGCAGGCCCACCCUUUACAUCUCUAUAUAUCAUUUUCCUGCAGUAGAGGAGGCGGUGAUGGAUGGCAUGUUGCCGUUGCCGCGGCGCUGGUCUGAGUUACCGUGGUGAUUACUGGCAGAGACGCCGGCGAGCUGGCCACUUCAUCACCGUGACUGGUGGAGAGGGCGGAGAGAGGGGAGGGAGAAAAAGGAGAGUGCAGUGAGAAAAACACAAGGAGGAGGAAGAAAAACCCAGGCAGAGGAGAGCGCAGGAGGACGUUUGAGGAGGAGGGAUCUGAUUGGACGAGAGACUCACCUAACAAACAGGAAGUAGGCGAUGAAAGAUGAGGCUUUUACUUUUGGAUAUUUAGGUGGACAGGUCUGGCUCGAGGACCAUGAACAACCCGGGCAUCAUACCCGUGGGCCUCAGCGGGCAGCAGCUGAUCCCAGACUCCCUGCAGUGUCUCCAGGGGUUCGACCCCGGACUCGGGCUCAUUGCUCCCAUAAACCCAAUGAUGGCGGGCAUCAGCCUGGUGCCCCCCCCACCGCCCCCCCUCGACAUGCCGGUCGUCAAGGAGAUCAUCCACCGCCAGAGCUGCACGUUGUUCCCUCAGAACCCAAACCUGCCCCCCCCAUCGACCCGCGAGCGCCCCCCCGGCUGCAAAACGGUGUUUGUGGGAGGGCUGCCGGAGAACGCCACGGAGGAGAUCAUCAGAGAAGUGUUUGACCCGUGUGGAGAAAUCAUCGCCAUCCGCAAGAGCAAAAAGAACUUCUGCCACAUCCGCUUCAGUGAGGAGUUCAUGGUGGACAAGACUCUGUACCUGUCAGGGUACCGGAUGCGGAUCGGCUCCAGCACCGACAAGAAGGACUCGGGGAGGAUCCACGUGGACUUUGCUCAGGCCCGGGAUGACCUGUACGAGUGGGAAUGUCAGCAGCGCCUGAUGGCGCGGGAGGAGCGCCACCGACGCAAGAUCCACGAGGACCGGCUGAGGCCGCCCUCGCCUCCUCCCAUAGUGCACUUCUCUGAGCAUGAGGCGGCCACGCUGGCAGAGCGGCUUAGAGAGGACCAUAAAUUCAGCGAAGCGACGGCGGUGCUGUUCACUUGGAUCGACCGCGGCGAAGUCAACCGCCGGACCGCCAACCACUUCUACUCCAUGAUCCAGUCGGCCAACAGCCACGUCCGGAGGCUGAUGAGCGAGAAGGCCCAGCAUGAGGAGGACAUGGAGCGCGCCAAGGAGAUCUUCAAGAAUGCCCUGCUGGCCAUCCUCUACCAGUUUGAGCAGAUCAAAGCCGUUUUCACCGCUGCCACCCGGCAAAAGGCUUGGGACCAUUUCUCAAAAGCUCAGCGCAAGAACAUAGACAUUUGGAGAAAGCAGUGUGAGGAGCUGAGGAACGCUCACAGUGAGGAGAUCAUGGGUAUCAGACGGGAGGAGGAGAUGGAGAUGUCUGAAGAAGAGGACGAAGAGGAGGAGGAGGACACUCCCUGCAAGAGGCUUCGCACUGAGGACAUCGGAGCGUGUGAUCAGACCCAUGCGUCUCUAAAGGAGGAGAACGACUCCUUGCGUUGGCAGCUGGAGGCGUACAGGAAUGAGGUGGAGCUUCUGAAGAGGGAGCAGCGAGGAGGAAGAGGAGGAGGGAGACAUGAUGAAGAUCCCCCAGUGACUCCCAGCUGUGAGGUUCCGAUCCAGCUGCUGCAGCAGAACAUGCACCACAUGCAGCAGCAACUCCUGAGUCUGCAGGAGCAGCUGAGGCGAAAAGAGGCCGAGCUGGAGGAGGCCAGGGAGGAGCAUCGCUCCCUGGAGGGGGGCGUCGUCCACCUGAGAGACCAGCUGCUCGCUAACGGAGACGUGGUGGACCGGACCAAUGGAGACCUCCACAAUCCGGCGAUGAAUGGAUGUGCUCCCUCAUCGUUCCUCAGCAGAGAGAGGAGGAGUGAGGUCGUCAUGAGAGGAGCCGUGGCGUCGGAGAAGGAGGCUCUGCUGCUGGGCGUCAUGUCCACCUUCCUCCAUGUUCAUCCGUUUGGAGCCAACCUGGAGUACCUGUGGUCCUACAUCCAGAGACUGGACACGAAGGUGUCUGCGGUGGACCUGGAGCGUCUUAUGGUUCGUCUCCCCAACAUGUUCAGACAGGAGCUGAGUGGCGUCGGAGCGACUCUGGAGAAACGCUGGAAGUUCUGUGGCUUCGACAGCCUCGGCUCAGUGUGACACAAAAACCACACACACACACACACACACAGACUUGGACACACACACUCUAUUAUUGGUGUGUGUGUGUGUGUGUCCUGAGCCUAGUGUGCUGUAUCAGCGUGUGGGACACCAAGGACCUAGAUGGUGGUCCUCGGCAGUUCGGAUCAGGACCAGAGAGAAGAAAUACCAAAGUUGAUCUUUUACACCAUUUGGUUUGAGAGAACGGUUUGAUUCCACUCCUCUCGUUUCAUGGAUGGACGACGAGACACGUUGUCUUUAAAAUCUGUCAUCGCUCUCCGUGGUGCUGAUGGAUUGUUCUCUGACAGUCUUCUGACAGUUUGUUUGGGACGUAAAACAUUAAACAUUAAUAAGCUAUACUUUCAACCGGAGAAAAAUUCAGGGAAAUGCAAAAUAUUCAUUUGUUUUGAUUCUAUCAAAACAGACCAUCUGAGGAGCUUGGAUUAUGCUGAAGUUACGUCUUUAUUUGAAUAUGAUGAAAUGAAAAGGAUGAUUUAAGAGGUGAAAUAAGAGAAUCAUUUCAUUUGAUUUAUUGUAUUACAAAGAAGCUCAAGUUGCAUCUGUAAUUAAAUAUGUUAAUAACUGAUCACUUUCAGUCCUUCUGAAAGAGAAAGAAGAUGAAGGAGCUGAAUAUGAGGGGACGCUGUUCUGUUUCAAAAUACUUCAAUGCUGUCAGACUAUAAAUUAUUUGUACGCUCCUUCCUUAAAGUUAGAGAAUUCUUUUUUUUCAGCAGAAACUACUCCCAUUUACUUAAUUUAUGAGUAAACUAUACUUUAGUGUUUUGAUUACAUGCUUUUUACUCUGGAGUAAAUACAGAGUAAAAAGCAUUCUAAAUUUCCUAAAUUUAUGGCAAAAAAAUAUCAUUUUUAUUAAUUAUCAUGAUCAACUAUUUUUUUCAGAAUCUUGUGUGUUUUUUUCUAUUGUCAAAUUAAGUAACAUUCAAUUUAUGUUAACUUGAGUCAACUAAUUUAAAGUACAGUCAAUCAACAUUUAACUAAAGCUAGCUAACCCUAGCUAGAGUUAAAUAACGUUAGCUAUAGUCCACCAGCGUUCAAUUAACUUUAGCUUUAGCUAACCAGCGUCACAUGACAUCUGUAGAUGGAGUUACGCCGUUGCAUCUUAUUCUUAUCUGUUGCCUGACAGCUUAAUUUUCCCGUCUCUGUCCAGGCUUUAUUUCUAUUUGUUCUUCCUAAUUCACAAUGAUGACUUUAAUAUGAAAGGGCAUUGUCUCAUUACGAAAGGUCUUUAAAAUGAAUCCUGCCUUCUCG